CCAUGGCGGAGGCGGCUUGGAACGAGGACACGGGCGUGGCGGUCUACCGCUCCCGGGACCCCAUCCGAAACCUGCGUGUCAGGGUCUGCCUCCAGCGCGUGACCUCCACCAGCCUCCUGCUGCAGCAGCUGCACGAGCCCUUCUGCCAGCCGGGCCAGCAGCUCAUUGGCUUGGCCACCCUCAGCCCUCACAACGCAGCAGGUGGCCAUGGUCCGGAGGAGGAGAAAGAGGAAGCGGAGGUUGGCUGGCAAGAGAAACUCUUCAGCCAGUUUGAGGUGGACCUGUACCAGAACGCGUCCGCCUGCCAGACCCCCCUCGACCGGCAGUACCACCAGGACAUCCUGAAGCUGGAAGCAUCGGGGGGCCGGAAGAACGCCCGGAUCUUCACGUACACGGACCACGACCGCUUCACCAACCUAGAGGAGCACUGCCAGAGGGUGACGACGUCUGCCAAGGCGGCUCCGUCGUGCCUGGCCGAGAGGAUGGCCAACGUCAGGAGGAGGCGGCAGGAGCGGCGGCCGACGGAAGGGGCCGCCUUGAAGUCCCGCCUGGUCACCUGGGAGCCCUCGGAAGAGUUCGUCAGGAACAACCACGUCAUCAACACCCCCGUGCAGACCAUGUACAUCAUGGGGGACUUGGGACCCCCUGGCAAACUCGGUGGCAGAGACUACGAGCACGUCCUCUGCACGCUCAAGGUGGACAGCAACGGCGUCAUCACGGUCAAGCCGGAUUUCACAGGCGCAAAAGGGCCGUACAGGAUCGAGCUGGAAAGGGAGAAGCGGGAAAUGUGGAACUACACCCUGCAGAACGCCUCGGCCCCAGUGCAGCAGGAGGAGGCGGCGCGGGAGCAGCGGGUCUUCAAGGACUUGUACAGCCGGCACAAGGACUACCUCAACGGACUCGUCGGCUCCGACUUUGAGGCGACUCUUCCUGGCGCCCUCCGGCUCUUUGUUAACGGAGAAAUUGUUUCAGCCCACGGCUACGAGAACGACAAUCUCUACAUCCACUUCUUCCUGGAGCUGCCCAGCGGCUGGUGCUGUCCCCCGUUCCAGCCGCUCUCCGGAGUGACCCAGACCUGCGCUACCAAGACAUGUGGCAGGGACAGGGUGGCCUUCUUCUCCUUCCCUUUCACCCUGGAGCUGUUCUUCGCCCAGGAGAACGAGGCGGAAGGCACCCUCCCCGAGUGGCCCGUCCUCUACUUCGAGGUGCUCUCCCUGGAUUUCUGGCAGCGGUAUCGCGUCGAAGGCUACGGGUUUGUGGUGCUGCCGGCCACGCCAGGGGCACAUACCGUCACGGCCUCCACCUGGCGGCCCGUGCAACCGGGCACCUUCUCGGAACUGCAGAGGUUUUUCAUCGGGGGGUCGCCGGAGCUCGAGGAUGUGACCUACGCCAGGGUGCCCAGCACCUUCGCAGGCAGCCGCCUGAGCCGUUUCGGCUUCCGCACCGAGACGACGGGCCGCGUGACCUUCCGGCUGAACUGCCUGCAGCAGUCAAAGGCUUUCCUGGAGUCUAGCUCCAUGAGGAAGCGCAUGCAGAGCGUCCUGGACCGGCUGGGCGGUUUUAGUCAGCAAGGGUCCCUCUACAACGUCCUGGAGGCGUUCCAGCGGGCCCGGCGGCGCAUGCAAGAGGCCCGGGAGAGUCUCCCGCAGGACUUGAUCCGUGCUUCUGCCUCCGCUGGCCCUGUCUCGUGAGCGCAGCCUUCCGGCCCGGCUUCUCCUCCUCGCUGAGCCCGGGCUGCAGCAGAGCCUCAACGGAUAGGUGCCAUGCGUCUUCCAGGGAGCCACAAAACGCCUUGGAAAGGCGGCGUGUUCCGUCCGAAGGCCCUGGCGCGGGCCGGGGGCCGCCAGCAGGAACUUUUCUUCCCGGCGUCUGUCCGGGGGCUGUGGGCAACGCCUCAUUCCAGCCAUCAGGAUGGAAGGCGGUAAAACUCUUUCAUCCGUGCCUUGAAGCCGAUUGCCCAGUGGGGGGGAUUCUGGGCGUUGCGGUCCCAGCCAUCCGGAGGACACCGGGUGCGUGGAAUCUGCCUUGGGCUGAACUUUGGCUGCAGCCCCUCUACAGAAAGGCCGCCUCAAAACCAGCCGCUGUUGUAGACCAGCGCGCCGGCAAAGAUCUCAGCCUCCUCCUCCUCCUCCUCCUCCUCCAGGGCAGUGUCUGCCGUGGGGUCGGCCGGGCAGGGAGGGGGCGACAUCCCACUCAGCCCAGUCCCAGUCGCCCCCCAAAGGCUGGCUUUUUCCAGAGCUGCGCUGGGCCUUCUCUGGAGCCCAGGCCGGAGUUUCCUCCCCCAGCGAUGUAUCGCAACCUCCUUAUUUGGACUGACGGUAAGCCCAGGGGAGUAAGUGCUGGGAGGCUGUUUUAUUGUAUCCUCUGAGCUUCUGGCAUCGGACAGGGAGGCCUUUUUAAAAUAAAGACGGUGACCUUUCUGCUGUAA